AUGGGCAGCGAGAAGUAUCCCCAGCAGUUGCACCUGCUUUGCCUCUUCACAACACUUCACUUCUGCAUCCCAGCGUUCUGCCUCCCAAUGCUCCAAGACAAGUCUUCGCAAGUAUGUCUAAGAAACAGAGAUAGGGCCAGGCAUUUGACAAAAUGGAGGGAGCAGGAACAUGGUGUUAAGGUCGUGCUCAAGGGAGAGGUUGCUCAAAGGGCUUUGGCUUCAGCUCGUGCGCUGCGCCCCUUACCCGAGGGACAGAGGGGAAGUCUGAUGGAAGUCCGGGGAGUUCCGGAGGACUUAGUGUCAGUGGAGUUCGGCGGAACUCCGGAAGGUUUAUGCGGGGAUGAAGUAAGGCUACUAUGGAAGUCCGGAGUAGAAACUGAACAGAGGUUAGACUACCCUAAGGCACUUCAAGCUUUGGCCUGCAAGCUAGUAGCUUUAGUGGAUGUAUCCAAAUUAACACCCCCAGUGGUCAAAAUGCUCAUGCUGUGCAUGUCACAUGUACAUGAUGAACUCAAAAUGAAGAUGCAAUCACUCACUAGUUCGUUUUUUGGGUUCUGGUCAAGUCAUUUGAAGGAGGUGGUAAGGCAAAACCAAGAUCUGGCAGAAUCUUUGAAAGACUGGUUCAGCAUUUGCCUUCAAGCACUGAAAAUUGAUAGAUUGAAUGUUGUAUUGACGAGUGGCUUGCAAGGCCUGAAGGAAGACAUCAAAUUCACUUCGGCUACUUAUGCAUCUAUUUACCAAGGCACUUCCAUGAACAUAUGGCACCUUACAAACUCCUUGAAAGACUUUGCAACAGUUUGCAUGACAGGGCUCAGUGUUGAAGCACUCACUAUGCUGUUGGCUGCAUCCUGGAUUGGUGACAAGGCAUUUCAUGAUCUGCUAGGAGCUGCUGGUAGUUCCCUGUACUAG